GCAGCGUCGCCGUCAUACAAUAUGGUGGUUUCAGUUUGUUAUGUACAUUUGUUAUUGUUUGUUUAAAAUUAUUAUAACAUAUAUUAUAUUGAUAUACCAAGAUGACCAACAAACGUGCCUCAAAUCGUGCUUUAACUCAGAAAAAGUCGUUGAAAUUAAAAGAGACCAAAGCUUGUACUGGUUCCUCCAAAAUGACUAUGUGCACUAUUUCUACAAUAACUUCCCACGCUCAUUGUAAAGACCGCAGAGCAGAUCGUAGGGUAAUUGGGGGUAAACGGGUGGCCGCAAAAAAUUUACCCGGAAAAAUUCGAGCUGCUACCCGAAGAAGUUUAGAUCCAUGCGAUAAUUCCAACGACAGUGGUUUAGGUUUCGAUCACCAUGUGGACCACAAUAAUAUACAAGCCUAUCCCGACAGAUUAGCUUGGUCUCAAGAGAGGUCAGCAGCCAAAAGGCAAAAGUUAAACAUCAAAGUCGAAGACGAUGAAAUCAAUGACAACUAUAGUUUCCCCGAUUCGGUUAGGACAUGCAAAGAAAAUAACACAAUUAUUAGGUCAGCUCCCCCGACGACAGUUUCUUCGUUUAAUAUGAACAAUAACCAAAACAACACGACGCCCAGAGCAAACCUUCGAUGUACUGUCCCUGCCAACAGAAGUUCUCAGUUACCCACCGUCACCCUAACAUCACAAUUCUCAAACGUUUCUAGAUACGCUGACAUUUCCCUUACCAUCGUGAGUCAGCCUGAACAGCAACAUAGGGCUCGCUAUCAAACGGAAGGAAGUAGGGGUGCCGUUAAAGACAGAACCGGAAACGGAUUCCCUAUUGUUCAGUUAAAUGGCUACGACAAACCUGCAACGUUACAGGUUUUCAUUGGAACUGACGUUGGUAAAGCGACUCCACACAUGUUCUAUCAGGCGUGCAGGGUUAGCGGUAAAAAUUCCACACCCUGUAUAGAACGUAAGAUCGAAGGUACGGUAGUGAUCGAACUGCAAUUGGACCCCUCGAAAGAAAUGGUUGCAACGUGUGACUGUGUUGGUAUACUGAAAGAGAGAAACGUGGACGUAGAGCAUAGGUUUCCAGAACAAACAGCCACCAGGAGCAAGAAGAAGUCUACCAGGUGUCGUAUGGUCUUCAGAACAACCGUAACCCACGAUAAUGGCGUUCAAGAGGUUUUACAGAUAUGUUCGCAACCGAUUGCAUGCACGCAACCCCCUGGUGUGCCUGAAAUCUCCAAGAAAUCUCUCACAUCAUGUCCCGCUUCAGGUGGUUUAGAACUCUUCAUACUCGGCAAAAAUUUCUUAAAAGACACAAGGGUGUUUUUCCAGCAAGUUGACGAACAAGGUGUUCGAUGGGAGCAGUCUGUUGUCCCCGACAAAGAAUAUUUGCAGCAGACCCAUUUGGUGUGUGUAAUACCACCAUAUUUAAGACAUGACAUUAUAGAACCGGUAACAGUCCGGUUAUUCGUUGUAUCUAGUGGAAAAACUAGUGAACCACACCAGUUUGUAUAUACGCCCACAAGUGGGGCAGUAACAAGUGCUCGUGAUACACCUUCCUCGCCCACGACUACGUCUUCGUCAUUUCUUAACAAAAUGAUUUGGUCGUCUGAUACGAGCAAACAGGAGCAAGACAUGGGAAUCAUGCCGCCACCAGGUACAAACCAGGUUCCCCUGUCUCAGCGACGCGCUUCGACUAACCAGCCUUCCAGUUGUGAACCAACACAAUCUCCCCCCUUGCUUUCAUUCAAACAAGAAUUAAUCGACGAAAACAGUCAAAGUUCGGUUCUUGACCCCCUGGAAUUGCACCGUAGUAGAUUCAGACAAUUGUCCGAAAGCUCAAUGGAUGUGAACGCCGGUGAUUCCAAUGUUACUAUGAUAACUGAAAAUUCCAUGGAUAUCCUUCGUCAUAACUCGCUGACCAACGACUCCAUAAUGCACAACGAAAACUCCAACAUAAGUAUAGGAAAUGAAAAUAGUAUGGAUGUUAUGGUACCUAGAAACUUAUCAAUGGUUACUGCUUCUGCAGUACGAGAUGAUACCGCCGAACCUGCCUCUUUUCAGUUGAGCAGGAACGUAACCAACUUUAAGAGAGGCUUACUAGAGACACCUCUCUCUCCCAUACCCCCUCACAAUCCGAUCACAACCAGCGACCUUAAUGUCAUAGAUUUAAGAAUGAAACUAAAUACAGACCCAACCAUCGGUUUAACGUCGACCACGUCGUUGCACAACUUCAGCGUCCCGACGGCCACCGCAUUACCAGCACAGAGCGCUCAGAGUGUCGAAAACUACUUAUCGUCUAUUGAAAGUCCCGGAAAGAAAAUGAUUGAGCCCCCCAAUCAGCCUCCGAAAAUGAUUCCAGAUAACACAUUGGCGACGACCUUGCUGCAUGAUGUUUCUACCACUAUAAAUCAAGCUUUAAAUGUAGACACCAGCACUGUCAUGUCUAUAAAAAACGGUAUAAAACUGGAGGAGAAAUCACUGACGAGAAAUAGCGUAAGCCCCGCUCAGACUGUUGCUGCAAUCUCAACAGGAAAACUUGCUGCUUUAAUGAACUCCGUGGCAGCAGAAAAUCAAUACGUCAAAAAUGAAGAGAUUGUAAUUCACAGGCCACAGGACAUCCUUCUACCCAACAAGUCGCCGCAUCAAGUAUCCAGCACCAUACAGACACAAAACAUAAUGACCACAUCACAAGACAUCAUGCUUAGUUCAUUUGGAGUCUCCAGCACACCUCUAAGUCUUCACAAUAUCUCACCUGACGUCAGUCCUCAUCAAUCGACCUCGGCGACGCUGUCGCCUGAAGUAAUUCUCAAUUCUCAAACAUCCCCCACUUUAAUGUCCAAUGGCCCCGUCUUAACCACUGACACUCAACUCGGUUUGUGUCCCCCGGUUAUAAACGCCGAUUCGGACUUAUCACCUCUUUUAACUAAUGACCCUACAAAGACUUUGGCCACCCAUAACUCAACAACCCUGGCCACCCAACUAUCUUCGGUCAUCAGUUCUUCGGAACCAGAAAAGGCGAUCCUGCUCAAGGCCGCUGUCGAUCUCUUCGAAACGCAGAAAAAGAUAACGGCGCUUGAGCCGACCUUGUCCACAACAGCAGCCGCCACGACAAUGGAAGAACACAUCAUCAACGAUAUAUUAACGACGAAAUCAACGGGGAACGACAUUCUGAAAACGAACAUGAGCUACGUCGAAUCUCAAAUUUCAUCACCAACGAAAACCAUUUCGGCCAGUAUGUCCAUGAACAUGAUCGCAAGUAAAGCAAUGGAUGCAUGCACCAAACAACAGGACAUGAUUACGCAUACACAGAGUGAAGGAAAACCUGAAGAUCGUAUGAUACCUCAUGGGUUCGCGACUAUGACCGAUAACGAACUCAUAAAUAUCAUUAAUCCAAGCUGCUUCGAUCAAGUAUAAUCAGUCAUAUUAUGGUGGAGGUGUCAUCAUUUCGAAAUUUCACUACAUUCAUAACACAUUAUCUUUACACUCCUGUUUGUUAUCCAUCUGUCCCUUCGUUUAAAAGUGGUAUCCGAUGCUUAUGUUGUGCUGUGUAUCAAAAAAUUAUUAAAUAUUCGAUGUCUAAAGGUGUUACAGUCAAUCGAUGGUAAAAAAGUAUCUGUGUAGCUCGUAUUUUCUCUCCGCAUUACACACUCACAUGCACAUUUCUACAUUCACCUUCAUUCGUAUUUCAAGUACUGCUUCUAUUCACAAGCGUAUAAUAAAAGGAGAGCAUGUAAAAACAAAUUAGCAAAAUUCAUAAUAUGUGUAAAUUUGCAAGUGUAGUUUCUUUUUACAUUUAAUUUUGUUUUUUGUUAGAAGAAGAUAUUAUUUCGUUUGUUAUUGUUAUUAACUUUGCUG